AUGGUAUUUGAAAACGAUAACAAGAAUUCAGAAGCAAGUUCAUCAUCCCAUGUGUUGAAUCUCCCAAGAGAAACAACCCCACUUCUCAAUUCAAAAUCCCAACAUCAAUCCUCCCAAUUCAAGACUUUCGCUAAUGUUUUCAUUGCCAUCGUCGGCGCCGGAGUCCUCGGCCUCCCUUACACCUUCAAACGCACUGGAUACGCCACCGGAACCCUCACUGUAUUCGCCGUCGCGUACUUCACCCAACACUGUAUGAUGCUGCUCGUCAAAACCCGACGGAAACUCGAAUCACUCAACGGAUUCUCCAAAAUCAAUUCCUUCGGAGACCUCGGCUUCGUCGUCGCCGGCCCCAUCGGCCGGUCAUCCGUAGACAUAAUGAUCGUUCUUUCUCAAGCCGGAUUCUGCGUAAGUUACCUCAUUUUCGUCUCCAACACCCUGGUUAACAUCUUCAAUUUCACAUCACCAUCAAAUCCCACAACCCCCAACAUUCUAGGGUUAUCAGCCAAAACAUUUUACAUCUGGGCAUGUUUUCCGUUCCAAUUAGGGUUAAACUCAAUUCCAACAUUAACCCAUUUAGCCCCUCUAAGCAUAUUCGCAGACGUAGUAGACAUCGGAGCCAUGGGUGUGGUUAUGGUGGAAGAAGUGAUCAUCUACCUGAAUUCUAGCCCAGUUUUGCAAGCAUUUGGUGGGUUUUCUGCGUUCUUUUACGGCAUCGGAGUGGCAGUUUACUCUUUCGAAGGGAUUGGAAUGGUAUUACCAAUAGAAACAGAGAUGGAAAACAAGAACAAGUUUGGUAAAGUGUUGGGUAUAACAAUAGCUUUCAUUGCUAUAAUGUUUGCAUCUUUUGGUAUAUUUGGUUACUUUGCAUUUGGUGAUGAAACAAAAGACAUAAUCACUACAAAUUUAGGGCAAGGGUGGUUAAGCUCCGUGGUUCAAUUGGGUCUUUGUUUGAAUCUGUUCUUUACUUUUCCCAUAAUGAUGAACCCUGUUUAUGAAGUUUUCGAGAGGAUGUUUUGUGAAGGGAGGUAUAGUUUAUGGGUGAGAUGGAUUACUGUUUUAGUGGUGAGUUUAGUGGCUCUUUGUGUGCCUAAUUUUGCUGAUUUCUUGUCUUUAGUGGGUAGUAGUGUUUGCAUUGUGUUAGGGUUUGUGUUGCCUGCUUUGUUUCAUUUAAUGGUGUAUAGAAAUGAGUUGGGUUGGAUUGGGUGGGUCAAAGAUGGAGCCCUUGUUGUUUUUGGUGCACUUUUGGCUAUUACGGGUACAUGGACUUCUUUGUUAGAAAUUCUUGGAGCCAAAGCUUAA